AUGUGUGAACCCGCCGAAACCUCCGCUAUGUUAUUUUGGCCAAUUUUCAGGAUAAAAUCCCCAAAAACUUUUAAAAAAGGGUUUGAAAUGUCGUCUGGUAACGACCUUGCAUGCAUCGACUCACAUUGUGAGGAGAAACCCAAAACAACGGAAGAUGUAAAAGUGAAAAAUGACUUGAACAUGAAUUUAGUGAAGAAUUGUCGCGUUUCAUUAGAGUGCCUUUCGGUCGAUCGUGUCACCGAAAUUAAAGCUAAUGUAUCGGAAUUUAUCGAAAAAUUGAAUGAAAACUACCCAAAUUCGCCGUAUUUACGUCAACCUCGUCGCAGUAAACGACGGAGAUCGUACUCCAUCGACCUACAGCCCCCAAGUAAGCUCAUAAAAACCGAUUCUACCGAAUGGGACAAUCAUUCGACGAUAUCUGACAACAGUUCUUCAAGCAGCGGAUAUCACUCGAUCACGUCAAGUACGUCAAACAAGCGAAAAUUCACAAAACCCCCGCCAAAUAACAACAACGAGUACAAAGUUGAAGACGUUUUAGCGAUCGACAAGGUGCGCGGCGAGAUUGCGUUCCAAGUUAAGUGGCUCGGAUACCCAAAAUCGCAGAAUACGUGGGAGCCCCUAUCGAAUGUGCGAGAUACCGAGAAGUUUUAUGACUUUUUAAAACGUGAAACGGCGAUUUAUGAAGGUGCGAUUCACGAAGUUGUGUCAGAAAUUAAAUCUAAACUCGAUUUGGUGAGUCCCAAAAAUGAAAAAGAGAUGAAAAAAUUGUUAAAAGACAUCGAAGCCUUGGAUGAAGUCGAGCUUCAGACAAAUUUAUUGAUCCUGGGCAUGGUUAAGUUGUACGAAAAAGCAAAUUAUCCCUUUAGGAUACUAAAAAGAACGGAAAAGGAUCUCGUAAUAAAACAUUUUAAGGAUAUGCGAACGGAACAACUCACGAAAAUCGCAGAAUGGUCAAAGAUGGUCAACGAAUGUGAGCCCAGUAGCAGGAUUAAAGUCGUAAAUGAGGUAGAUUUUGAUACGCCGCCCGAUGAUUUUGUCUAUAUCAAUAAAAAUAUUGGCGGAGAAAAUGUUUCUAUACCGGAAACGCCGGGAAUUUCGUGUAAUUGCGUCGAUGGAUGCAGUUGGAACAAAGAAUGUUGCGGAAAAUUGAUGGGAUCAAAGUUUGCAUAUCGCACAAAUGGCACGUUACGUAUCCCCGUGGGUGUUCCGAUCUACGAAUGUAACAGUAAAUGUGCCUGUAGCGCUGAUUGUCACAAUCGGGUGAUCCAACGAGGACGACAACACAAGUUAAUUAUCUUCAAGACGCCUGACGGGCGUGGAUGGGGCGUCAAAACGGAAAAAUACAUCCCCGAGGGGCAUUUUGUGUGCGAAUACACGGGCGAAGUUAUCACAUUUGACGAAACGGAGCGACGAGGAAAGGAAUAUGACUUUGCCGGCAUGACAUAUCUCUUCGAUUUGGAUUUUCACAAUCAAGAUAACAAUUUUACGAUAGACGCCCUGAAGUAUGGAAACGUUGCGCGUUUCAUAAAUCACUCGUGUAACCCGAAUUUGGGUAUUUGGGCAAUGUGGAGUGAUUGUCAAGACACCAAUUUUCAGAGGAUAGUAUUUUUUUCGCUCAGACCGAUCGCAAGCGGUGAGGAACUGACGAUCGAUUAUCUCAACGGGAGGAUAAUUGAGGAAAAUGAAGAUGACGUGGCGUCGAGUACGGAUGAAAAUGAGGCGCCAAAUGGCGAAGCAGCGAAACUCGAACGAGUGCCCAGUGAUGCCUCCAGCACGGAGACAAUCAAAAAAUUCAGACCAAAUUCUAAUGUUAACAAAGAAACGUGUAUCUGCAAAUGCGGCGCGAAACAGUGUCGUAAAUAUAUUUUUUAAUUACAAGUUACUUUUGACAUAGGUUAAGGUGUUAAGGAUGAUUUGUGAAUAUAUUUAGUGCUAUUUUUAAAGAAAAUUUAUUUGAAAGUUGACGAAAU